UUUUUGUAUUUCUUUGUUUCAAUAUGAAAUAUUCUACCGCGCUGGCUUUAAUCGCUGGCAUUCUGGCAGCGUUUUGUAUUCAGUGCUCUGUGGCUAAAGCAAAUGAACAAUGCAUGACCCCCGAUCGAGCCAAUGGUCUAUGUCGUAAUCUUGUAGAAUGUCCCCAGCUGUUGCAAAUGUUAAGAAAUACCAAUAGAUCACCACAAGAAACUCAAUAUUUGCAACAAAGUAUGUGCGAUCAAGUCGGUUCCAUGGUUUAUGUAUGUUGUAAAUUGGAAAGUGCGGUAAGUGCUCGAUCAUCUUCGAAUCUCUUGCCCACCACACGUGACUGUGGAAAAUCCUUUGAUAAUCGUAUCUAUGGUGGUAAUGUUACCCGAAUCGAUGAAUAUCCUUGGUUGGCCUUGAUUGAGUACACAAAACCUGGUAACAUAAAGAAUUUCUUCUGUGGUGGAUCAUUGAUUAAUAAGCGAUAUAUCCUCACCGCUGCUCAUUGCGUUACCGGUCGAGCGCUGCAAACCAAUGUUCCCACGGGUGUACGUCUGGGGGAAUGGGAUCGUUCCACAACACGGGACUGCGAGCGUUUGGCCAAUAAUCAAUUAGAUUGUGCCGACCCUCAUAUCGACGUUGGCAUUGAAGACCUCAUUCCACAUCCUCAAUAUAAUGAAAAUUCGGCAAAUCGUCUAUACGAUAUCGCUUUGAUACGUCUAAAUCGUGACAUUGAAUAUACGAAUUUCGUAAGUCCCGUUUGUUUACCAAUGGCACAGGAGAUGCGUACGAAAACUUUUAAUGCAAUGACAAUGGAUGUGAGUGGGUUUGGUGCAACCGAGACGGGUACAAGUAGUAAUUUGAAAUUGAAAGCUACCAUUGAAGCGUGGACUGAUGCCGAAUGUCGUCAGAAAUAUGCAAUGCGAAGAAUUAAUUUAGAAAAUUCACAAAUGUGUGCUGGUGGUGUUGCUGGCAUUGAUUCGUGUACUGGUGAUUCAGGUGGUCCAUUGGUGGUGCGUCAACGUCUAGAUAAUCGUGAUGUUUAUGUUCAAGCGGGUAUUGUAUCGUUUGGUCCACGACAAUGUGCUACCGCCGGUUGGCCUGGUGUCUAUACACGUGUGGGGGCCUAUGCUGAUUGGAUUUUACAAAAUAUGAAACCUUAAAGAUGUAAAGAUAGGU